AUGUCCAAGACAGACAUGCACGAAGAUGUAGACACAAGCAAACAUGAGAUCCGCCUCGUGGGUGGCCCCAACCCCUGCUCCGGGAGAGUCGAGGUGCUUCACAAUGGCGUCUGGGGGACCGUCUGCGAUGACCAGUGGGAUUUACGGGAGGCGAAGGUUGUGUGCAGGCAGCUGGGCUGUGGGACGGCACUAUCAGCCCCUCGGGAGUCUAAAUACGGGGAAGGGAAAGACCAAAUCUGGCUGAGUGACGUGAACUGCAAAGGGACAGAAGCAUCCCUCGCUGAAUGCAAGGCGAAGCCAUGGGGAGACAACAUCUGCAACCACGUAGAAGAUGCCAGCGUGGAGUGCUCAGAAACAGAAAUACCUGAGCCAGGACCAAUCCGGCUGGUGGGAGGCCCGAACCGAUGUGCUGGGAGGGUUGAGGUGCUUCACGAGGAACAGUGGGGCAGCGUGUGCCAUGACGACUGGGAUCUAAACGAUGCCCAAGUCGUGUGCAAGCAACUGGGCUGUGGGGAUGCGGUGCUGGCCCCCAUUGGAGCCAAGUUUGGACGAGGAUUUGACACCAUCUGGCUGGAUGACGUGAACUGCACAGGAGUGGAAGCUGCUCUCUCCGAGUGCCCGGCGAGGCCGUGGGGGGACCACAACUGUUACCACGGGGAAGAUGCCAGUGCAAUUUGUUCAGACUCGGGGAUCACCGUCUCCACUACAGUCCGCCUGGUGGGUGGCCCCAACCGCUGCUCCGGGAGAGUCGAGGUGCUUCACAAUGGCAUCUGGGGGACCGUCUGUGAUGACCAGUGGGAUUUACGGGAGGCAAAGGUUGUGUGCAGGCAGCUGGGCUGUGGGACGGCGCUAUCAGCACCUCCGGAGUCUAAAUACGGGGAAGGGAAAGACCAAAUCUGGCUGAGUGACGUGAACUGCACAGGGACAGAAGCAUCCCUCGCUGAAUGCGAGGCAAAGCUGUGGGGAGACAACAUCUGCAACCAUGUAGAAGAUGCCAGUGUGGAGUGCUCAGAGGUGGACAUUCCUGAGCAGGGGCCAGUCCGACUCGUGGAUGGCCCGAACAAGUGUGCUGGGAGAGUCGAGGUGCUUCACGAGAACCGGUGGGGCAGUGUGUGUGAUGACCACUGGGACAUGAAGGAUGCCAAGGUGGUGUGCAAGCAGGUGGGCUGCGGGUCACCGCUGUCGGCUCUGGGAGGUGCCCGCUAUGGGCGAGGGUCAGACAUUAUCUGGCUGGACGAUGUUGAAUGCAACGGGACGGAAGAGAGCAUCUCUGACUGUCCGGCCAGGCCAUGGGGUGAACACAACUGCUAUCAUGGAGAGGACGCUGAUGUUGUUUGUGCAGUUAACAAGAUCCUGGAGGAGACAGAAGCACCAUGA